UUUGAGUGACGGCUGCAAUCCACUAGUCAGGGAAAUGCACUGUGGCACCUGCUAUUACAAAAUGGCACAGGUAUGCACGCCGACACGUAGACAUCGAUAAGUACUGUGAAGUGUAAACAUGUUGAUGUGCAAGUCCGCCAGCUACGCUCACCUGCAGAUCUGAGGGCCAAGGUCUGCCUUUUUUCACCAUGGGCCUAUAUGGUGAUCUCGCGUAUACGUCUUCCAUUCGCUGGUGAUACCAAUGCACGACGCUGCAUACCUCGAGUACAUCAGAUAGAGGUGUUCAGGUUUCUGUAUGUCUACAGUCCCAUGUCCGACUAUCUUGGAAUAAUUCUAAUCUUGUGCUCAAGUUUGUGAAUAGAUCAUGGGAUCCGCCGUUUCAAAACAACGGGGAAGGGAGAAUGACGUGGAAGGCAACCCUAAGGCAAGAGUGACAGGAGAUGAGGCAAUACAUCCUGAUUAUGACUUCUAUGCAGCACGCAGGACACUUAAUCCUAGAUCUGUUCUAAUCCCUAACUUUGAUGGGGAUAUCUCUAAACUGGGAAGAUAUUUCAAGCAAAAAUAUCCUUCAGAUUUCAAGCAAGUGAAAGACGGCGAUUGGGACGUGAAGAUUGUAGAAUUCAAGUCUCGACAAGUGGCUGAAAGUGUUGUUAAAGAUGUUCACAAAGUCGAGGGGACGAUCCUAGAAAUAUUCUUCGAAGACAAACCUCUGACCAAAGGUGACAUAGCCACGAAAGGUAAAGGGAAGAAACAGGAUAUGACAGCUACCGAUGCUGGAACAAAGGAAGAUGACCACUUGUAUCCUUUUGGUGAAAUCUGCCAGGUCAAAAUGGCAGGUCAAAUCUACCAGGUCACAAUGCAAGAAGGUUGGAAAACUCGACUUUUGAUGGGACGGGAAGUGAUGGAAGAUCUCCUGCUAGAAAUCAUCAAGGCAACGGCCAAGUCGGUCAUAUUAGAAGUGGAAGAAGAAUGGCGGCUGGGCCAAACCGUUCCAGAUGAAUACGACAAACAGAUUAGCUAUGAGAUCUCAGCAUCCUCACCUGUUGUGCAGUCUGUGGACCUGCCAGCCGGCUGCAACCUGAGUAUCCCUCCAGGAGCUACAGAGGAAGACACGUCCGUCAUCUCAGCAGUGCUGAACCCGCACGGGUACGAGGGGACACUCCAAAUAGGGAAGAACGAGCUGCUAGUGAGUGACAUCAUUGAAAUGAGGCCAGCAGGGAUGAAGUUCUCGAAGCCCUUAAAACUGAAGAUCCCUCACUCCUUACCCAAGUUCGACAAGGAGCGGAAGUACGUUGUGAUGACGUCAGAGGAUGACGGAACAGCAUGGGAGACUCUGAGAACACUAAGCCAUCAAGAGAAAGGCCAGGCCUAUGUGAUAGUGGAGGUAGCGCACUUCUCUUCAUUCGCCGUUGUGGCGCGGCCAUUAGAGCACUGCCACAGAGUGGGAAAAGGCCAAACAUCAGAACUGAAGUCCUCGAAACAGACAGGUAUUAAGAUGAUUCUUCCAAAGGACUGCCUACCCUCUGAAGAAGAGAUAUCCUUCAAGGUGAUCCCGGUUGAUAAGGAAACCCUCACUUGUGCUGGAAAGGAAGACGGGAAAGUAAAAAACAUCAAAACGAUGAGCCACAUUGUCAAGUUUUUCAAAGGCAGCAACCUACUUCUCAACAGCCGCGCUACCAUCGUCCUGCCGCUGUCGAACGGAGAAGGGAACAGCCAAGUUCGUGUCCUCAGCUGCAACGAGAAAGGGGACUGGGAAGACGUCACAGACAAAGUAGAUGAUGUCGUCCUGAAGGAGUCAAAGGUGGCUUUCAAGACAAAGCAGCUUAGUUCUGGCUUUACAGUUCUUCGCUGUGACAAAACCGUCGAUCCUAACAAAAUCGUCACCUUGGUAGCCAAGAACACCCGGGUCAGACGGGUCAAGACUGUCAUCUUCAAGAAGUGGAAGGAACCCCGAGAGGAGGGGAUCAUGACUGCCCGGAUGGAGUGUGUGCUGGAAGAGUUAGUUGAUGAUCGCAUCUGCCGCGCUACAAAAGUUGAAGGAUACGAGCGCCAGGAAGGAACGCCAACUCCCACCAUGAGUAUGAUGGAGGAUGAGACGUUCUGUGCCUUAUUCUAUGGAAGCAUCCGUCCAAACGUGAAGGCGAUUAAUACCUACUACGGAGUCAACUUCACGUUUUACUGUAACAGGCCACGUAUUUUAGAGUUUGACGUGACGCUAGUGGGCAAGGGAAAAGGUGCUACAUCCACGGUAUGGCUUUAUCCCGGACGAAGGGAAAGAUAUCAUCCACGCGCUCCGGGGAAAAAAGGGAAAACACCCCUUGCGACUGCCCAAAUAACUGCACCCACCGGUAUCAUUUGUGACUAUUGGUUGGCGUGCCAGCGGUUCAAGAACACCCUGGGAAUCGCUGACACGUAUCUCUCCCCAGACCACAACAUGUGCUUCUGUGAAACAUGCCACACAGGACGGCGUGACUCUGCUACACACUCCCGUGGGAAUCCAAAGAGGAAGUACGCAGUACCUGUCGGCUGGGGCAGGUUUGGACUCAUUCUCAAUAAAGUCUCAGAAGACAAAGAAGUGAACGUGUUCACCAACUGGCAUCGUGCGUACCACGGGACUGUACCAGGUGUGAUCAAGAAAAUACUGCAGACUUCGCAACUGCUUAUGCCAGGCGACACAGCUCUGGGAGGUACUCAGCUUGCAGAGCGAGAAGGUCAUUUCAACGACAAACGCAAGCCUGAGGGGUUCGACACCAAACAGGUCUACCUGUCACCAAGCAUCCUGUACUCUGGAGAUGAUAUUUAUGCCCACCCAACAUGGUUCAAGGACCCCCAUGACGGGAAGCAGUACAAAGCCCGUGUCGUCUUCCAGGUGUGUGUCCGGCCCAACAGCUACAAGGUCGGACCGGAGACCAUCGGUGCCAGGAGGGAGGGUAGAACCAUCGACCCACUCUUCAGUAACAACGAGCUGGAAUGGUCCACUAAGGAGAGGGGAGGGCACGUACUCUACGGACUUCUUGUCAAGUUGGAGGAACUUUAGAUCUAAACAUUUUGAAAUAUAUAAACUUAAUAGAUACGUUACAGUUAGAAUAUGCAAAGGGGGAUAUUUUAAUUGUACCCCCUGGAAAACUGGAAAAGAUCUAUAGGAUUUAAAGUAUAUUUCGUACUCACAAUAUAACGUUAUCAAAAGCAGUGCCCAAUUUGUACACGCGUGAUUGUAAGGCUUUGUUAUUACAAAUAAAACAUUUCAAGUAUUUCAUAUUUGUACAGAGAUACACUGCAUCAUCACAUACUUCAAAGCAUAUCUCUAGCUCUUAGGAGUACAUAGCAAUUUGCUUGCGUUGAGGCAGAACGGAUGGAAUGCUGUGUUUUGCAAAUAAUAUAUCAAUGUGUCACAAAACUGUGAUCAGAUCAAAUGAUAGCAUGUAAAAUAAAAUCAAAACAAGCCUAGAGAGUAGCAAUAUCAAAAUGCUGCCUGCAUGGAGUUUUAUACGGAGGCUACUUUUGAAACUACAAGUAUAAGCUAGAGUAGAGACUGUCUCUUUGAUAGCCAAGAAUGUUUGCUAUUCUAGGCAAAAUCAAACAAGUGUUCAGUUGGGUAAAACUGAGUAAAAUUGCAUUUUGUAUCAGUUGUUCCUGGAUGUCACUAUGUAAUAGACUCUAACAUAAAUUUUCUCGUGUCGUCGUUUACAAAUUCUUUGUUUCGUGCACUGCAUGUGAACCGAAGUAAAUAAGUGAGGAUGUGAA